GUUCUAAUGACUGCGACUGAGAGCCACUCUUGCUGCUGUUUUUGAUCUUGGAGGACUGUGGGAGUUGGAUUUGUGAAAUCAUGAAGUUACAGUGCGAAGUGGAGGUGAUCAAUAGAAUGUUGCCCAGCUUCGGCAUGAGGAACCGGGGGAAAGGCACCAGGGCAGUGCUGUCUGUUGGCAGGCAGGAGGGAAAGCGGGGAUCAGCCUACCUCAUGAUCUGCACCCUGAAGGACAAGGCUGGCUCCAGAUAUAAGCUGGAGAACAACAUUGAACAGUUAUUUACUAGGUUCCUGGGAGAGGGAAAAGCUACACUACGGCUUAAGGAACCAGCAGUGGACAUAUGUCUCAGUAAGGCUGAAAUAAGCAGUCUAAAGAAUUUUAUUUCUGCGGUGGGACUGGCAAACAAAGGAGCUGAUAUAGGUACUGUUUUAUUACCACGACUGACCCCAGCUAAGACAUCUGAAAUAGAGAAACCUCGAGCCAAAAUGUUUAUAACUACUAAGAAGGACUAUCCCAUCACAAAAAGCUUUCCUUAUUCUUUGGAGCAUCUUCAGGUUUCCUAUUGUAAACUUGCAAGAGUGGAUAUGCGCAUGCUUUGCUUGAAAAAACUUCAAAAGCUUGACCUCAGCAAUAACCAUAUCAAAAAGUUGCCAAAGACCAUUGGUGAUCUUGUCUGCCUGCAGGAACUGAUACUGAAUAACAACCUUUUGGAAUCAUUUGAGGUGGUUCUGUGCAGCACUACACUGAGAGACACUCUAAAAUCCCUAGACUUGAGUGCAAACAAGCUUAAAGCCCUUCCUGUCCAGAUCUGCAAUUUCAAAGAACUUGUGAGCCUGAAACUAGAUGAGAAUGAACUCUUGCAGUUACCUUUCCCAAUUGGACAGCUAAGCAAACUUCGUUUUCUGUCAGCUACUAAAAAUAAACUUCAGUGUCUUCCUAAUACUUUUAAAAAGCUCUCACUUGAAAAACUAGAUUUGUUUGGGAAUCCUUUUAUCCAAGCCACACCUCUGGUUCCUGAUAUACAGCUGAAAAUACCAUUGCCUUUACUGGAAACUGCCACAAGAGCAACUUUAAACUACAGAAUUCCUUACGGACCUCAUCUCAUCCCUGCUACUCUCUGCCAAGAUCUGUCCAUGGCUAAAACAUGUGAUUGCGGCCUUCCCUGCUUCAGUUCUUUUAUUCAAACAGUUGUGCUCAUGAACCUCCAUCAGGUGUCUCAGACUGUAGUCCUUGUGGAUUCAAUGGGAGGAACAGAAGGCCCCAUUGCAUGUUACUUUUGUUCUCUCACCUGCUAUUCCCAGUUCCUUGAUAAAUACUUGCAAAGUACUAGAGUUUAACAUCCAAGAUGCAGAGCCAGUUAUUUUUUAAAUUACCCAAGGCCCCAAAUAUCCAGGUCAUGUAAUAACAAUUCACUCCGAAGAGGAACAUACCAUAUGGGCUUCGUGUAGUCUGGACACGUGUUUUUUUUUUUUUAAUACAGCAACAAAGGGUGAUUGCAUCAGCUCACAAUGAAGCAUUUAGGGGUUGGUGAUUUCCUUCUAGGAAAGGUGUAAACAUUAGGGGUAUGUCACCUGUUUACUCUUUUAAGCACUUUAAUGUACUUUUUUAUGUUUAGUUUGUCGCUAUUAAAUUAUAAUCUACCCCAA